ACUUCAAAAUGCUAUACUUUAUAUAUUCAAGGCUUUGAUGAAGAUCUCAAGAGUCUGAUCGUUCUAAUGUUGAAGUUACGUACAUCCUCGGUACCGAAUCACACGCACCUCCUGGCACUGCUAGCGGAUAUCCUUAGCACUUGGGAUCUGGAGGCCGCCACCGCCGGAAGCGUUCGCCGGCAUCUGGAGGAAGAUUUUCGGGUUGAUCUAUCGAACCCAGAACACCGUUCCAUCCAAGAAUAUAUCGAUAUCUUUUUUGAUGAUGGGAAAGAGGAUGUGAAUGAAAGCAAGGGUACAAAAAGAAAUAGAAAGAGAAAGAGAAAGAGAAAGGUGCCGGAGAUAUGUAGGGUGUCUCCACAGCUUCAGGAGCUUGUAGGAGGAGGAUCCGAAAUGACGCGAGCGGAGGCUGUGAAGAAAAUUGUGGCUUAUAGCCGGGAAAAGGGUUUGCUAACUUCAAAGAGGAUCAUAGUAACAGAUGAUAAACUAGAUGCCCUUCUUCCCAAAUGUAAAUUUAUUUUUAUAUUACGACUAGAUUACCUCUUGUCCCAGCAUAGGCAUAUGCAAUCGCUUAGAGUUGCCAAAGAUGAUGGCGGGGUGAGGAAGGGGAAGAGGAACAAUGAAGCAAAUGGUAAAAGAUCUGAGAAUUGUGAAGGUGAUCAAGUUAGGGUGAAAAAGAAGAGGAACAAUAUUAAACGAAACAUUAACCUCGCACUAGCAGAGGAAGAUGUGCGACCGUGGGAUAAAAUGCCAGAAGAUAUUAUGGUAAAAAUCUUUAAGCUAUUACCAUUUCCAUAUUGGUCAUUCUAUCCCUGUUAUGUCUGCCGUUCAUGGCAAUUGGCAGUGGCCGAUGUAAUGUUUCCACCUAAUAACAAUGAGCUUGAUCUGCGGCUCCUUGAUUCAUAUCCCUGGAAAUCAAGGGAAAGAGUUUUACUCCUAUACCUCAGGAUUGUCUUAAAUUCCCGACCCGCCAUCCCUUGGGCAACACUUUACUUGCCCGAGAAGACUGAAUUCAUCACCAAUGAAGUCCUCACUUGGAUCGCUCAAAAGACACCGGAACUACUUAAUCUUUCUGUACCUAAAAAGUUGAGGGGAGAUGUUUUUCUUGAGUCGGUUACACCGAAGUGGAAGAAUUUGAGAAUGGUACACAUCGAUAUUUCUGCAAAUAAUUUUUCUCAUCUCCAAGCUAAUUGCACAUUUUUAAGUGAGCUUAGUUUAUAUGGAUGGAUGGACGAUGAUUCAGCAUCCAUGCUAGCUAAAUCUUUUCCAAAUCUCAAGUCUCUAGAGAUUUAUGGGUGUACAAUGUCGAACCAUACCCUAGGAAUCAUAAUGGAUGGUCACAAGAAUCUCAAGCUAGUUGCUACACGAAAGAAGAACUUCUACCACCAUGUUGACCUACUCGGUCACAAGUUGGUUGAGGCAUUUACACGAGGAAACUACUACCGUUUUGAGACUUGUGUGGAGCUGGAGUUGGAGAGAACAUUUGCUGGGUUUAACCCUAUAUAUCACUGAGUUUGGUAACUCAUUGCAUCAUUACUCAGGUCGAGUUCAAUGUUCUAUAUGUUACUGCUUAAGGAGGUUAUUGGUUUGGUCCCUUUCCUGUUUUGUUCUUCUUAUUUCACUAAUAUAUUUUAAGGAGGUUUUUACUUUUGAUUGA